AGAAACGAAAUAAGGAGGAGCCCUCUGCUCCUUAAUUGCAAUGGAACACCCCAAGUCAUUCCAAUGCCUUAUUCUCCUCAUCUCUUUCAUAUUUUCAGCCUAUUUGACUGCAACACAAUCUUCAGUCAUUCCAAGGUUGAGCCCUAUAGGGGACAUACCUUUACACGACACUGCAGCCCUGACAGCAGAUGAUCCAGAUACAGGGGACUUGAAAACUUUCUAUUACCCACAGACCCUGGAUCACUUCAACUACAGGCCAGAAAGCUACACAACAUUUCCACAAAGAUAUGCGAUCAAUUCUAAGUACUGGGGUGGAGCCAAUUCCAGUGCUCCCAUAUUUGCGUACUUUGGCGCAGAAGGGCCCAUAGAUGGUGCCCUUAAUGGCUCCAUUGGAUUUCUCAAUGAUAACGCCCCUUCCUUUAAGGCUCUCAUAGUUUAUAUAGAGCACCGGUACUAUGGGAAAUCGGUUCCAUUUGGAUCCUUGGAAGAAGCUAUGAAGAAUGCAGAAAAUAGAGGGUAUUUCAGCUCUGCUCAAGCUAUUGCAGAUUAUGCAGAAAUCAUCAGACAUAUAAAGUAUAAACAGCUGAAUGCCCUGAAGUCUCCAGUGAUUGUUAUUGGGGGAUCAUAUGGUGGAAUGCUUGCUGCAUGGUUUAGACUCAAAUAUCCCCAGAUGGCUCUCGGUGCACUUGCCUCAUCAGCUCCAGUUCUCUAUUUUGAAAAGAUUACACCAUCGGACUGUUACUAUUCUGUUGUCACGGGGGAUUUUCAAGAAGCAAGUGAGAGUUGUUAUGAAACCAUCCUCGAGUCCUGGUCUGAAAUUGACAGAGUAGCUUCUGAGCCAGAUGGCCUUUCCAUCCUUAGUGAGAGAUUCAACACUUGCCGUCCUCUGAGAUCACCUUCUGAGUUGAAAGACUACCUGGAGACGAUGUAUACUUCUGCAGCUCAAUAUAACCGACCACCGUCUUAUCCAGUUACUGUGAUUUGUGGCGGCAUUGAUGGAGCCUCUUUUGGAAGUGAUAUUCUCAGUAAGAUAUAUGCAGGUGUAGUGGCGUAUGAGGGUAACGGUACGUGCAAAGUCAAUGGCCCUAUCAAUUCGAAUGUGACUGCUGACGGUUGGAGCUGGCAGACAUGUAGUGAGAUGGUGAUCCCUUUAGGGCGUGGAAAUGAUACAAUGUUUCCACCUGCCCUUUUCCAUAUCAAGAGCUUUAUGAGGGAUUGCAAAGAGACAUAUGGUGUCCUUCCUCGGCCUCAUUGGGUCACUACUUACUAUGGAGGCCACCAUAUCAAAUUGGUCCUUCAAAGGUUUGGGAGCAACAUCAUUUUCUCAAAUGGGCUCAGAGAUCCAUUUAGUUGCGGGGGGGUUCUGGACAACAUAUCGGACAGUAUCGUUGCCAUCACUACAGUCAACGGAUCUCACUGCUUGGAUAUUCUGCCUGCUGCUGCAAAGCCAGGCGAUGAUCCAGAGUGGCUUGUCAAACAAAGAGAGGAAGAGCUCCAGAUAAUUCAAGGGUGGCUCGAACAGUACUAUGCCGAUCUUCGCCCGCUCAAAGUCUACUAAAUGUGCCGCAGAAAAUUAUUGGAGCCAAAAUUGAUGCAUUAAAAUUGCAUUAUUUUAAUAAAAAAUGCCCCUAAUAUCUGUAACAUCAACAAUAAUUGUCCUCUCAAUUCAAUAACAACGCGAACCCCCUUGUGAAAAGGAGAUUGUGGGUUCUAUAUGAAUUUGGUGAGUGUUUCAGUGGUCCCUGUGUGUUGUCUUUUUCGGUAAAAAAUGGGCUGCUCUUUCUUAUAAGCGAAUGAAUAAAUAUGUAACUUUGUAUGAGUGUUUGUAUUUUAUCCUUUUUAAAUAAAACAAUUAUUGUUGAUGAUUUA